UCCUGUGCUUUGCCGAUCAUCCUGAAAACUGACCAAAUCACAGAAGGGGACGUUCAGCUUGCUGAGAAAUAUCUCCAUAGCUACUACCCUGAACCAGAGGGGACCCCUGUCUUAAGAAGCAGAGGUGAUAAUAAGAAUAUGACUGGCAAAAUCCGACAAAUGCAGGAAUUCUUUGGGCUGAGAGUGACAGGCCAGCUGGAUUCACGCACCUUGGAUGAAAUGAAGAAGCCUCGAUGUGGAGUUCCUGAUAUAGGAGAGUUUCGCACCGCUCGUGCACUUAACCGAUGGCCAAAGAAAGACCUGACAUACAGCAUCCAGAACUACACGCCAGAUAUGGAUCCUGCUGACAUAGAAGAUGCUAUUGAGAGAGCUUGGAAAGUGUGGAGUGAUGUGACCCCCUUGACGUUCACGCAAACGUCCGCAGACUCUGCAGAUAUAUUGAUCUCUUUUGUUGCAAGAUACCAUAGAAGCAAUCCCUACGAUCGUGGCUUUGAUGGAUAUGGAGGAGAACUGGCUCAUGCUUUCUUCCCUGCAUAUGGUGGAGAUGCCCAUUUUGAUGAGGAUGAAAACUGGUCAAAGGAUUUGAAAGGAACAAAUCUUUUUCUGGUUGCUGCUCAUGAGUUUGGUCACACCCUGGGUCUUGGACAUUCUGACACUUGGGGGUCUCUGAUGUACCCAAUAUAUGUGCCUUCACACCCCCAAAACUUCAGGCUUCAUGAGGAGGACAUUUAUCGCAUCCAGAGUCUUUAUGGACCCCCUGAAUAUAAUGAUGAUGAUGAUGACGACAAUGAUGACGACACACGAGAAUCCAAAUUUCCCACAAACUCUCCAGCAGAAGAAUCAACACCAGACAUGUGUGACCCUCACCUCUCUUUUGAUGCUGUCGCCACUUUCCGAGGAGAAACUCUGUUCUUUAAAGACAGCUUCAUGUGGCGGACAAAUCCUCAAAGAAGGAACAUUGAAAAAGGACCCAUUUCUGCUUUCUGGCCAGCCUUGAAAGGUGGCAUUGAGGCUGCUUAUGAACUUGAAGAUAAAGACAUCUUAUUUCUUUUUAAAGGACAGAAGUACUGGGCUACCCAGGCAAAUAUUAUACGGCCAGGUUACCCAAAGAAUAUCCAUGCCUUGGGCUUCCCGAAAACUGUAAAGAAAAUUGAUGCAGCUCUUUUCAACAAAGACACAAAGAGAACAUUAUUCUUUUCAGGAGAUGAGUACUGGAGUUAUGAUGAAACAAAGAUGUCUAUGGAGAAUGGCUAUCCAAGAAAGAUCAGCUCAGACUUCCCUGGAAUUCCCUCUACAGUGGAUGCGGCUUUACAGCAUAAUGGACACUUCUAUUUAUUCAGCGGCUCAAAGCAAUAUAAGUUUGACAGCAAGCAGAAAAGAUUUACUGGUGUACAGAAAAGCAACUCCUGGUUUGGCUGCCGGUGACAUGGGAAGAAAGAACAACGGAGUCUCUGCUUCCUCUGUGGAACGCUUUGAUCCUCUCUCUUCUUGUUGGCUUUAUUUGCUCCACCCAUAUCUGUG